CCGUCCACGAACUGUUCAUCAAAACGAAAGGCUCGAACAAGAGCCACCGCGUCCCGGUCGUGCGGUCUGACCCGUCUCCGGCCCGGUCCGCCCAUCCGCGUGAGCCGCAGUCUAGCUAUGUUCCCAGCCGCGAGCUCCUUCUCCAUCGUUUCCUCGUUCCCUCGCGCAAACGCAUUUAAAAGUUAAAACUACUCUGUUUCGGAUUCUAGUUCUUCGAAGUUUCCAUCUCAUGGACCACUACGCCGCCUCCUCGUCGACGAACUCCAUCGCAAAUGAUAUGAUGCCGCCGCCUCCGCCCCCACCUCCGCCCCCACCUCCGCCCUCGCCUCCGCCGCACCGACGGGUAUGGGUCAGGGAACGGUCCAGCGAGUGGUGGGACCGCCACAACUCCCCUGAGCUCCCGGAGGCAGAGUUCCGGCGAGCCUUCCGCAUGUCCCGCGCCACCUUCGACUUCCUCUGCGAAGUCCUGGCCGCCGCCGUGGCCAGGGAGAACACGGCGCUCCGAGCCGCUAUCCCCGUCCGCCAGCGCGUCGCCGUGUGCGUGUGGCGCCUCGCCACCGGCGAGUCGCUCCGCCUCGUCUCCCGCCGCUUCGGCCUCGGCAUCUCCACGUGCCACAAGAUCGUCCUGGAAGUCUGCGCCGCCAUCCGACACGUGCUGAUGCAGGGGAUGCUGGCGUGGCCCGACCCGGCGCGCGCGGCGGCGGCGGCGGCGAGGUUCGAGGCGAUUUCCGGCGGGAUCACCGGCAUGGUCGGCGCGAUGUACACGACUCACAUCCCGGUAACGGCGCCACGGGAGAACGCCGCCGCCUACUUCAACCGCCGCCACACGGACCGGAACCAGAGGACGUCGUACACGGUGACGCUGCAAGGGGUGGUGGACCCCGACGGCGUAUUCACCGACGUCUGCAUUGGGUGGCCAGGCUCGUUGGCCGACGAGCAGGUACUGGAGAACUCGGCUCUGUACCAGCGCGGGAACGGAGGGAUGCUCGGCGGGCCUUACUGGAUCGUCGGCGGAGCAGGGUACCCGCUUCUCGAUUGGCUGCUGGUGCCAUACGUUCAGGAAAAUUUAACUUUGGAGCAGCUCACGUUCAACGAGCGGGCGGCGACGGCGGCUGCGGUGGCGAGGGAGGCGUUCCGGCGGCUGAAGGGGCGGUGGGGGUGCCUGCGGCAGCGGACGGAGGUGAAGCAGCAGGACCUACCGCUGGUGAUCGGGGUUUGCUGCGUGCUGCACAACCUGUGCGAGAUGAGGCAGGAGGAGAUGGGGGAGGAGCUGCAAGGGUUCGGGCUGGAGGACCAUGAGAUGGUGUGCGAGAACGUCGGCGUCAGGUCUGCCAGGGCGGCGCAGGCGAGGGACGCCAUCGCCCACGCCCUCGUGCAUGGACCAGCUGCUUAAUUAAUACGCAUCCACACUGAAAAUCGGGAUUCAUUGCCGAUUUUCGAAAUUUCUGUACUUUCCUUCUUUCCUGAUCUGCAUAAUUAAUUGAUUAUUCAUUGCCGUUUUA